UAGGUUCCCAUCCAUUGACUGAACAAAUAAUGAUGGCAGAUCAUGAGAGUCUGACUCGUCUGAACUAUUUCACGAAGUAUGGUUUAUCUAAGAGAUACUACUGUAGCAAAACAAAGUCCACAAACUGUGUUAAGACUAGCCCAUCGCCUGAACAAGCUGGCACUAAUUGGAGAUCUUUUCUAAUUCCUGGUUUGGCUGGUUUGGGUUUGACUGGAAUUGGUGGGUUACUUUUUCUCUUUCACGAUAAUGAUCAAAGGAGAGCAGUGCUUAAAGGUAAGGGUGUAAAGUUUGAGCGAAGUGCCAAUCAAGGGCCGAUAAUAGGUGGCCCUUUUAGUUUAAUAGAUACAGAAGGCCGCAUUGUGACCGAAAAGAAUCUCCUGGGGAAUUGGGUUCUUCUUUAUUUCGGCUAUACAUCCUCCCCUGAUGUAGGGCCUUCAGAACUUCGAAAGAUGGCCAACACAAUUAACAUCUUAGAAUCGAAGCAGAAUAUCAAGGUCUUACCCAUAUUUGUCACCAUUGAUCCUCAGCGGGACACCCCCUCACAUCUUCGUGCUUAUAUCCAUGAAUUCGACUCAAGAAUAGUGGGUUUGACCGGACCAGUUACUGCAAUAAGGCAAAUGGCACAAGAAUACCGAGUGUUCUUCAGAAAGGUUGAUGAACAAGGGGGUGAUUAUCUUAUCGAGUCUUCUCACAAUAUGUACUUGAUGAACCCGGGUAUGGAGGUCUCAAGAUCAUUUGGCAUCGAGUAUAAUGCUGAGGAGCUGUCUGAGGCCAUAGCCAAAGAGAUCAAGAAAUCUGCUAUUACUGAGCCGCGGAGUUGAUAUACUUGCUCGAUGUUUCUACAGCGUAAUGGCCUUAUUCAUUAGACAGCAUUUUCUUUUUCUUUUUAAUCUCCAAGGAAAUUUCUUCGCGUUUAACUCUGUUUCCAUUUAUUCGGAUGCAUUCAUUUUAAGAGCUAUUUUGGUCUGCUAA